CUCGUUCCCUCCUCUUCUUUUCUUCUUUUAUCUUCUCCAUUGCCUCCUCUUCCCCUCUCUCGAUCUGAUUUCGUUGUACAUCACACAUUCUGCAUCAUGUUGAGUCGCUGUGGACGUCAGGCCUCGCGCCUGAUCCCGCGCACGGCAAGCUCCGCUAUUCGGUCGACUGCCAUCCCUCUCCAGCUUCGUCCUGCGACGAUUGCUCCUUUGCGCCUGCCGGGACAAGGCCGCAGCGUGUCCUCUUCGACUCGUGAAGGACAGCAGACUCUGCUCUCCGCACCCCUCGAGGAGUCCGACCCCGCCAUCUAUGACAUUCUCCAGAAGGAGAAAAAACGUCAGCAACACUUCAUCAACCUCAUCCCCUCCGAGAACUUCACAUCACAAGCUGUCCUCGAUGCGCUGGGCAGUGUCAUGCAAAAUAAAUACUCGGAGGGAUACCCCGGCGCCAGAUACUAUGGUGGAAACGAACACAUUGACGCCUCUGAACGGCUAUGCCAGCAGCGUGCGCUCGAGACCUUUGGCCUUAACCCCGAAGAAUGGGGUGUGAACGUGCAACCGCUGUCCGGCUCGCCCGCUAACCUUUACGCCAUUUCCGCCAUCCUCAACACCCACGACCGCUUGAUGGGCCUGGACCUGCCCCAUGGCGGUCACUUGUCCCACGGCUAUCAGACCCCCACCAAGAAGAUUUCGUUCAUCUCGAAGUACUUCGAAACGCUGCCCUACCGGCUAGAUGAGUCUACCGGUCUCAUUGACUACGACGCCCUGGAGAAGCAGGCGCUUCUCUACCGCCCCAAGCUCAUCAUCGCCGGUACCUCGGCCUACAGCCGCUUGAUUGACUACCCUCGCAUGCGCCAGAUCGCAGACGCCGCCGGCGCAUAUUUGCUGAGCGACAUGGCCCACAUCUCCGGUCUCGUGGCCGCGGACGUCCUCCCGUCGCCCUUCGCCCACUCAGAUGUGGUGACUACUACGACCCACAAAUCGCUACGGGGUCCCCGCGGCGCGAUGAUCUUCUUCCGCAAGGGUGUCCGCCGGACGGACAAGAAGGGCAAUCCGGAGAUGUAUGACCUGGAGGGCCCGAUCAACGCGUCCGUGUUCCCAGGUCACCAGGGUGGCCCCCACAACCACACUAUCACCGCCUUGGCUGUGGCGCUGAAGCAGGCGCAGUCGCCUGAGUUCAAGACCUACCAGCAGACGGUGUUGGCCAAUGCGAAGGCCCUGGCAGACCGUCUUGGCAGCCCGCUUAGCAACGGAGGCCUGGGAUACAACAUCGUCUCUGGCGGCACUGACAACCACCUGGUGUUGGUGGACCUGAAGAACCGCGGGGUGGACGGCGCGCGCGUCGAGCGGGUGCUGGAGCUGUGCGGUGUGGCCAGCAACAAGAACACGGUGCCGGGUGACAAGUCGGCUCUGAAGCCCGGUGGUCUACGUCUGGGCACGCCGGCCAUGACGACGCGAGGCUUCCAGCCGGAGGACUUCCGCCGCGUCGCAGACAUUGUGGACCGGGCGGUGAUCAUCACACAGAAACUGGACAAGGCAGCCAAGGAGAGCGCGGCGGCAAAGGGUGUGAAGAACCCGAACACCGUCAAGGCUUUCUUGGAAUAUGUGCGCGAGGGCGAGGAGAUUCCGGAGAUUGUGCUCCUGCGGCAGGAGGUGGAGGACUGGGCGGGAACAUUUAUCAGUCAUCCUGACCCUGCCUCCCUUCUUUCUUUCUUUCUUUCUUUCUGUCUGUCUUUCUUCUGGAUUCACUCAUAUUCACAUAUACAGUAUACAUCAACUAUAAUACUACAUACUCCUAACACAGAAUCACCAUGCACAUCAGUCAAGUACAUCAUCCCCCACAUCCAUGCCCGUAUCCCAAUAUCAACAAUAGUAAUACUAACAACAAUAAACCAAAAGCUCUAUACCUACCCCAUCAAAUCCCUUCAAGGCGUCCCCAUCUCCAGCGCAACCUUCACUCGAACCGGCUUCCCCUAUGACCGCCAUUAUAUGCUCCUCAAAGUCCUUCCCAAUGGCGAAUACAAGAAUAUGCAUGUGCCUCAUUUCCCGGAAAUUGAUGAUGGCAAGAAAGCAACAGGGUCUGGGUCAAGCAGUAUAGUGGUUACAUAUCGUCCUCCUCCUGCUGCUGAUCAAUCCCAGUCCCACCGGAAGUUGGAGGUACCGCUGGUACCCGAUACGGCGGGGUUGAAGGAAGUAGAAGUCGUCAUGCACCAGAGUCCGACAAAGGGCUAUAUCAUGGGAGAGGAGUAUAACGGGUGGUUUAGUGAGUGUUUUGGAUAUCGGGUGGUGCUUGUCUAUUUGGGCGGGAAUUAUAGAGGUGUUUUGGGAAGUUUUGCGCCGGAGAAGAGUGCGGCGCAUAGAGGCAUACAAGGGUGGUGGUGGAGGGACGGGGUGCUAGGUCUAGGAACAGGGCUGGUGGGUGUGAUGAUUUUGUUGUCUUGGGUAGGUAUGAGUAUGGGAUUACUGGGGGGUAUAGGAGCAACAGGGGCAGCAGGAGCUGUUGUUUGGUAUGGAGCUGGACGCCAGAAUAAAAAGGAAGAGCAGAUUACUUUUGCUGAUACGGCGCCGUAUCUGAUUGUGUCGCGCACUUCAGUCGAGGAUGUCUCUGCACGGUUAGCUGGUGAUGAGGAAAUGGACGUUACCAAGACCCGGCCGAACAUUGUUAUAUCUGGCGCAGAGACGGCCUUUGAGGAGGACUUUUGGGCUGAAGUGCAGAUUGGAGAGCCUGGUUCGGCGAGGCUAUUGCUCACGGCCAAUUGUAUACGGUGUCAGAGUCUUAAUGUUGAUUAUACGACGGGGAAGAUGGGUACCGGCGAGUCAGGGACUGUGCUAAAGAAGUUGAUGAAGGAUCGCCGAGUCGAUAAGGGCGCCAAGUUCAGUCCGGUGUUUGGUCGAUAUGGGUUUUUGGAUGGAGGGUCGGAUGGCCGGACGGUGCGGGUUGGAGAUGCGGUGGUUGUAGCAAGAAGGGUUAAGGAACGGACGGUUUAUGGUGAGUGUGCUACUGUUCUACCUUCUGAGGAGAUACCCAUCGAUCCAUCCUCAUCCGUUUCGCCCGGCGGGGUCAUGGAUUACUCCGUCAACCUCCGCCGCAAGGAUACCACCAAGGGUCCGCCUUUGCGGAUCCUGUCGCUUGAUGGCGGCGGCGUCCGUGGUUACUCCAUGCUUAUCAUCCUCCAAGAACUCAUGUACCGCGUCUACGUUGAAUGCGAAGGCAAAGCUCCUCGUCGCGAUGAAAUCCCCAAACCCUGUGACCACUUCGACCUCAUCGUUGGCACCGGAACCGGCGGCCUAAUCGCCCUCAUGCUGGGCCGGCUACGCCUGGAUCUCGAGACCUGCAAAGAUGUCUAUGUCCGCAUGACCCGCCGCGUGUUCGAAACCGACAAGACGUUCGCCGGCAUUCCGUUCCAUAAGACACUGUUCAAGGCUUCCAAGCUGGAAGAAGCCAUCCGCGAAUGCGUCCGCGAACAUACCGUCUUCGAAGCGGAGGGGAACGAUUUGAGCCCGUCGGCGCGCAAUUCGCUGGCCAGUGCCCCUUUUAGUCCCAACUCCAUGUCGGUGCCCCAGCGCUCGGGCAGUCGGGCUAGCUUCAGUACUACUGGCUCUCAUUCGUCGGGUCAUGCUAGUCAGCGCAAUUCGACAUUUGUGAACGGUUUGCGCUGGGGGAAUCCGGAUGCGCUGUUGUAUGAUAACCGGGAGUAUCGGACGAAAACUGCUGUGACUGCACUCUACAAAGGUACAACGUCCCGGAACGGCUCGACCGUCCUCCUCCGAUCCUAUGAUUCGCGCAAAGAACCCCCGCCCGAGUUCAACUGCACCGUCUGGCAGGCUGGUCGUGCCACUUCGGCCACCGGGCUAGCCUUCAAACCCAUUCAGAUUGGACAGCACGUCUUCAUCGACGAAGGUGCCGGUACCUAUAACCCUUCGCCGCAGGCGCUGGAUGAAGCGGUUAUGAAUGAGUGGCCCGGUCGCGAAAUCGGUGUGUUUGUCAGCGUGGGAACUGGCAAGCGCCCACCAGGCACCAACAAUCGGCAACACGAGUGGUGGGAGGACUUCUUUGGGGAUGCCCUGGGCACAUUCGCGGAAGCCCGUCGACGCCUGAUCGCCAAGAUCGAAGGUUGCGAGGACAUUCAUUUGGCGAUGCUGCGCGAUCAUCUAGCUAAGCGCAAUGUGAGCAAGGACAACUACUACCGGCUGAACGUCGAGGUGGGCGUGGGCGAGUUUGGCAUGAAUGAAUGGAACCGGCUGGCAGACAUCAGCACCAACACGCGGCGUUACCUGACGCGACCGGAGGUGAAGCACCAGAUCCUGGAUGCGGGUGUCAAGUUCGCCAAAAUUGAGCGCCAACACCGCCGGCUGGCUGACCAUGCCGCGGCGGGUCAGGUCGAUGAUGGGACCUCGUCUAUCAUGCACAGUCCAGUGCUGUCGGUGCCGCCGCCAUCGCACCCGAUGGCCGUGGAGCUACCAGCUGAGCUGCCGGGUGACUUUGUGCCUUAUAUCACAACAGAGGACUCGCUGCCGGCGCACCCCACGCCACAGGAUACUGUUCUACCAUCACCAGGGCGGACAUCAGGCGACCUGGCCAGUCCGGGGGCUGGCGAGGUCAGUCGGCCUAGCUCGCGGACGCACGGGUCCUCUCGACCCAGCACCGGGCAUGGCCACGAUGGGAUGCCUCCGCCGGUGCCUCCCAAGACACCGAUUCCUUAUCCUUCUGAGUAUCCCAGUGAACUGGGAGGUAUUCCGAUGCCGAUGCCGACAACGACCAGCCCGGGACACAGUCACAGUGGAAGUUUGAGUGGGAAACUUCGACCGCCGUAUCCAGUGGACGAGCCACCGGUGGUAAACAAGCAGCGGAAGCCGAGUUACCAUGUGCGGUGAUGAUACCAAUACCUUUCUGUAUCUAUUUUAUGCUUUUUUUUUUUUUUUUUUUUUUUUGAUUUCUGAUGAUGAGUCUACUUCUAUGGUGUAUGAGGGAGGCGUCUGCGAGAAUCUUGCGAGGAAAGCGGGC